CCUUCGGGGUAAUCCAGUUCUUCCUAUCGUCUACAAGAGAGGACAGUUUUGGCUAGCGGCGUUUACGGAUUCAUCCUUGGGAGCAAACCCCGACAACGGAAGAUCUACCACGGGAUAUCUCUUCUUUCUGGCUGGAGGACUCAUCAGCUACGGUGCGAAGACUCAAACUCUAACCGCGCAAAGCACGGUCGAAGCCGAGAUUCAAGCACUUAGCUACUCAGCCAGAGAGGCGGUCUACAUCUCAAAUUUUAUGACGGAACUCAACUUCAAGACCUUCGGAUCGGUUCCCAUCAACAGCGACAGCACCGGAGCGCUGACAGUGGCCGGGAAUGCCAUGCACUCUCAACGCACGAAGCACGUGGCCCUGAGGUACUUUUUCAUCCGGGAGCUAGUACUACGGGGACAAAUCACUCUUCACCACCGGCCCAGCGAGCACCAGUUGGCUGAUAUCGCGACCAAGUACCUCCCAAAGCACCGGUUCGCCUCCAUCAUUCAGCAGAUUCAGGACUUCUCGUGUUGA